CUUAAUUGGUGGGCGGGCUAAUGCGGGUACCGGAAGCAGCAUGGCUGACGAGGACACAUGGAGGCCGCCACGGGUCUGUGAUGAUUACUGGUAUGAAUGGAAACACUGCAAGAGUCUGCAGAACCUUUUCCAUAAUUACUACACCCACGGCACAGCACCAGCAUGUCAGCAGUGGAAAGCAGAUUACACCGCCUGCCGGGAGUGGGAGAAAACCAGGAGCACUGAGGCCAAGGACGCAAUGCGACAGAGUGAAAAAUCAAGACAAGUCGAAAAACAGAAAUAUUCUCCUGUAUGGACUUUAAGGAAGAACCCUCCCCCAGAUUGGUACCUGCCACUGGAUUCUGGCAAACCUCGGCAAUAGGGAAACAUUGUAUCUCUGAAAGUGAAUGUUAUAUACUGGUUUCUCUUCAGAACGCACAAAUCUUUUGCAUUUUAUCUAAAAUGAAUUCAGUUUACAACAUACACAGACUUUUCAUGUAGUGCUUAGAGUCAGAUUAGAAAAAAAAGCCAUCUAGCUUUAUCAUUUGUUUUGUAUAUCAAGAUUACAUUGUUAUGGUGGUUUUAGUUCUGUGCAAUAAAUAUGAUGUGGAAUUGACUUGGCAGAUUAAGAGCAUAGAUGUACCAUUUACUUGGGACAUAAGUAAUGCAGAUAAAUGAAAUUUGAUGCCAUAACAUCACAUUUGUUUUCAUGAGAAAACUAGAAAGUUUUGCUGAACAAUCUAAUUUGCAAUAAUCUGCUUGUGGUUUAGCUUAGAUUGUCAUAAAAAAUAAAUAGCCUAUUCUGCUAGUGAGAAAACUGAUGCAUUUGUGGGUUGAAUCCUCCCAAAUAUUAUUUGUAAUAGAUACAUACGUUUCAACUGACCUCUCAAUACCUCUUCUGUUUAAUGCAGACCAUCAGUAUUCAAGUCAGUUUGGUUCAUGCAUGCUCAAGAGUCAAGGGCCUUUAAAUUGUAUCUACUGGGGUAUCCUAGGUACUGGAGUUGACACUUACUGGUUAGAAUUUAUGCAGAUUCACUAGUUUACAUGUUCUGGGUAGAAAUUCAAUAAAGCUGUGAGAGCUGUGUUAACUUUA